UGCUUUUUUCCUUCAUCCUUUUCAGAAUAAAUGUGCUGACGGCAGCCAGGAGAACUGAGUGCACAUGGAAACUGCUACCAUCAUCAGUAGUCAAAGUCAGGUCAGUGUUGUUUCAUCACAUGUCACCUCUAUGAAUAUCAUUAUGUUGAAGAGAGUAAAAACUGGACUGAAGCUCAGCAGUUCUGCAGAAAGUAUCACUCUGACCUGGCCACAGUGUCCAACAUGACAGACAUGAAGAGAAUCCUUAACAUAAAACUGGAGAAUGACACUGAAGCUUGGAUUGGUCUGUAUGAUCAAACCAAUGGCACCAGGACCUGGUACUGGUCUCUUCCUGGAGUGGAGUUCAAAGAAAGUGAGACAAAGUGGGCAGAAGAAGAACCAAAUGAUUACAAGAUUGRGAACUGUGCAUUUGCUCUACCUGCUCUCACAUGGGGAGAUGUGUCUUGCUCAGAGAAAAGACAUUUUCUCUGUUAUGAUGAAAGCUCAUCAGAAAUACUUUUAUACAGAGAAACAUUGGCCUGGCUGGAAGCUCAGAGUUUCUGCAGAGACACACACACAGACCUGAUCAGUGGACUGAACCAACUACAGGAUGAACAACUGAAGAAUAUAAUAAUUUCUCCAAAAGUAAACAUGUUCAUAGGUUUGUUCAGAGACACCUGGAGGUGGUCAGAUGGAAGCAGYUCCUCUUUCAGACACUGGAAGCUACAGUUURAUGAUGAAAACUACAACAGUGGUCAAUGUGCUGCGACUGAUGAUGCAGGCAGAUGGAAGCCUGACAGCUGUGAUACAGAGAAACCCUUCAUUUGUUAUGAUGCUUCAAACUCCAGGCCCCUGUGGGGCAAGGCCUCAGAUGACAGGGGUGACAGGCAGCUCAACACUGGCUGGACAAAAUAUUCCCAGCUGUUGCUUUCAGGAACCUUGGGAAAUGUCUUUAAAACAUCAUCAGUAUUUUAUAUUUUUGUGAUUUUAUUUGUAUCACAUUUUCCCACUGAAAUUUAUGUCAUUUGCAAAAUAUAAU